CCGGCAGACGUGCGGCCAGGUGUUCGGCGAGCUGUACGCGCGCCUGCGCGGCCACCCGCUCGCCGGCAUCUUCCUGCUGUGGCAGCCCGCGCUGCUGGUGCGCGACCCCGCCAUCGCGGGCCGCGUGCUCGUCACAGACUUCGAGUGCUUCCGCGACCGCGGCCACCGCGCCUCCGAGCCCAUGCUGCAGGACCUCUUCUUCCUCAGGGGCGACCGCCGCUGGAGAACCCUCAGGGACAGCCUCGAGCCGGGGUUCGGACCGAAAGGCGCCAGGCACAUGUUCUUCCUGCUGGACGAGAUGGCACAACGUCUUUUGAAGGUGCUGGAGGCUCCAGCAGAGCGGCUCCUGGAGCUGGACGUCUACGACCAGAUGCACCGUUUCGUCAUCGACACGGUGGGGACGUGCGCUUUCGGCGUGGAGUUCGAAUCCAUGCUGAACUACGACUGCUUCGUCGUGAGGAAGACGAGGCGCAUGGCUAGCGGCUCGCUCCUCAGAAGGAUCAGAAAGACGCUGGUGCUGGCGGUGCCCGACGCGGCCAGGGCGAUGGGCGUCCGCUUCCUGCGCUCCGGCGACGCCGACGUCUUCCGCUGGCUGACGGCAGAGAUCGUGGCACACCGCCGCCGCCACAACGUGCGGCGCAACGACCUCAUGCAGCUGCUGAUGGCGCUCGCCGCCAAGGACGCUGGGGACUGCCCGCAGUCUGACUUCGGCGGCGACAUGCUGGCGUCGCAGGUGAUGAUGCUGCUGAUGCUGGGCCGCCACAAGGUGGCCACCACGCUCGCCUUCUGCCUGCACCAGCUGGCCGUCCACCACGAGGUGCAGACGCGGGCUCGGCUCCAGGUGGACACCGCGCUGCGCAAGCACGGCAAGGAGCUCAGUCUGGAGGCGCUCGCAGACAUGCCCUACCUCGACAUGGUGCUCUCAGAGACGCUGCGGCUGCACCCGCCCAUGUCCAACCUGUCGCGCAGCUGCACGGCGGCCUACACCUUCCCCGGCACGACGCGGCUGGGGGACGGCGCGCUGCACCUGCGGCCGGGGGAGGCGCCGCUGCACAUCCCCAUCUGCGCCCUCCACCGCGACCCCGGCUACUUCCCGCAGCCCGAGCGCUUCGACCCCGAGCGCUUCGGCCCGGACCAGCUGGCGCGCCACACGCCCUUCUCCUACCUGCCGUUCGGCGCGGGGCAGCGCUCGUGUCUCGGAGAGCGGCUAGCCCUCCUGCUGAUGAAGACGACCCUGGCGAGGCUGCUGUCCCGCUACGAGCUGUUCCAAAGCCCGAGAACCGAGUACCCCGCGCCCAUAGACCCGCGUCUGCUGUUGCUGCAUCCCAAAGGUGGACUCUGGGUCAGGAUCUCCAACAGGCACUGGCUACCAUGCGACUAA